GGAAGGUGCCAGCCAGCAGCAUCCUGGCCAGCGCUCCCUCGGACAAAAACCUGGAUGCUUGGCGGGAGUCGGGCUGCCGGACCACGCACUGUAACCUGGAGGUGCUGCAGGAGAGCACCCUGGUCUUCCUGGCCACCAAACCCCACAUCCUGCCGGGCGUCCUGCAGGAGAUCCGUCCUGCUGUGGGACCCCAUCACGUCAUCGUCUCGCUGGGCGCAGGGGUGGUCUCCCUGGCGGCUGGCGUCCCCCUCCAGACACUGCAGAGGCUUCUCCCCGCCGGGACCAAGGUGCUGCGGCUCAUGCCCAACCUGCCGUGCGUGGUGCAGGCAGGGGCAAUGGUCUUCGCCCGAGGCAGCGGUGCCGGAGAUGGGGAAGCUGCCCUACUGAAGAGCCUGCUGUCCUCCUGCGGGCUCUGCGAGGAGGUCCCCGAAUCCUACAUCAACAUCCACACUGGCCUCAGCGGCAGUGGGGUGGCCUACGUCUACCUGUUUGCCGAAGCCUUGGCUGAGGGAGCGGUGAAGAUGGGUAUGCCGGGUGGCUUAGCCAGCAGGAUCGCGGCUCAGACGCUGUUGGGUGCAGCGAAGAUGAUGCUGGAGACGGGGGAGCACCCGGCGAAGCUGCGAGGAGAUGUCUGCACUCCCGGAGGCACCACCAUCCACGCGCUGCACCAGCUGGAGAAGGGCGCGCUGCGGGCCACUGUCAUGAACGCCGUGGAGGCGGCCACCAACCGGGCAUGCGCCAUGGCCAAGCACUAG